AUGACCGUCAUUGAUGAGCUGGACGAGUAUGUCAACUGGGACAACGCUGGCCUAGGUGCUGACAGCGUCUACCCACCUGUGCCCAACAUGUCGUCCACCGGGAACCCUGCCGAGGAUGACAUUGGUCUUGUACUCGAGAAUGUCAAUGAAGACGACUUCAGCUUCUGUGCCCUUCAGCACUUUGAACACAACAACUUUGCUCAGAUCCCUGGAGUCGAGUCCCUCAUCACCGAGUCAUUGCUUUGGGAGACACCAGACAACCCCUGUGCCCACUGCGUCUUGGGCGGAUACUCUUGCAAAAAAAUCCGAGAGGGUCUUCACAAGGGCUACUGCACCAGCUGUGUUGCCCUUGGACUUGAAUGCAGUUUUGGGGGAGUUGUCCCUGAUAGUUUGAACCCAGAGUCCACCAGGCUCUCCUGGUCAUCUACCGAUAUGCCCAUCAACACCAUUCCUCAGGAAGACCUCCUCAACCUCCAGCCGGUAAAGGCACAAGGCACCCCGUCCUUCUUGGACAUGAUGAACCCUCAGACAGCCGGUUCGGUUGAUGAUGGCGUUGCCGGUGCCAAGUCUGGAACACCACCCAAGAUUGGUGCUAGGUUCUCUCGAGAGUCAGUCCGGAUUCUGAAAAACUGGCUGUCAACUCAUAACAGACACCCUUAUCCCAGUGAUGAGGAAAAAGAGAUGCUUCAGCGCCAGACCGGCCUCAACAAGACCCAGAUUACCAAUUGGUUGGCAAAUGCCCGGCGUCGCGGUAAGGCUCAGCCUCCUAGGUCAACCUCGCCUCACGUUGGCAAUCUGUCUGCCUCGAUCGAUAUCCCACGCAGACGAGGAACACCUGCUCUCGAAGCCAUGAACCCGCUGCAGCGUUGGGAGCACUCUCCUCCUGAACACGAACCGGCUUCCGUCACCGCCAUUGCCAGGGCCGUUACUGCAUCCUUCAACUACACGGAUGAUGGUUCAAGCAGGUCUCUCUGCAACCAGUCUUCUGCCAGCAGUGUGGGAACAUCCCACUCCAGUGGUGGCUCUCUUCAAUCUGCAUUCUCUCAUGGAAGGCGGCGAAGGAGGCGAAGGGCCGCGCCCGGCAAGGAGGGAGGCUCAACUAGCCUCUCUAUUCCGCUCAAGACUUUCCAGUGUACUUUCUGUACGGAAACCUUCCGAACCAAGCACGACUGGCAGCGCCACGAGAAGUCCCUCCACCUGUCGCUGGAGAGAUGGGUGAACCCAGACGAUGCCCACGUAGAGAGCCAUAACCACUCGGCGUGUCAAGAACGAUCUCUGGAAGAGAGGACGUUCUAUCGAAAAGACCACUUGAACCAGCAUCUUAGGUUGGUUCACAACGUCAAAUUCAUGGAGUGGGCAAUGAAGCUUUGGAGAGUGGCUACCCCCGAGAUUCGGUCGAGGUGUGGUUUCUGCGGCAUUGUGAUGGAUACUUGGACUAUUCGAGUUGACCAUCUUGCUGAGCAUUUCAAGACUGGUUACUCCAUGGCGGACUGGAAGGGUGACUGGGGUUUUGAAGUACCUGUGCUGGACAUGGUCGAGAACUCGAUCCCUCCCUAUUUGAUUCAUCAUGAGAGAAAGUCUCCUCUGCCGUACAAUGCUGGCUCGUCCCCGCCCGAAUCGCCCAGGAAUGCCUAUGAGUUGAUCAAACUGGAGCUGGCCUACUUUGGCAGCAACUUUUGGGAUCAACACGGCCGCGCACCAAGCGACGAAGACAUGCUGCUGGAAGGAUGUCGUAUCAUUUUCGCCUCUGAAUUGCUAUCUUUGCAAGGAAUCGCGACGCAGGUCUCGUGGCUUCGUGACAUUAUCAUGAGCCACGACUCGAUCGUCAAAACAGCUAGGUUUGGUCCUCUCCGUGGCGCCGCUGAAAACAGGCUUCAAUCCCUCAAGAUUAACGGCAAGGACAAUCUUUUCGAAGAGUGCCCCAUGGAAAGGCAGCUACAUGAAUACGUCAAGGCCAAGACACUGCUGGGCCUAACAACCAUGGAUGACGAGCUUCAGGAGGAAGCACGUAAGAUCGUGGGACGAAUCGAAGAAGUGUGCACUCACCCUUCAGAGGCAGUUGCUAACUGGCUGUUGCGACUGAUCACUUCGUCGACGAGGUGGCUCGCAGCUUUCCGUCGUCGUGCGCAUCUACCUCGAAGCGAAGACGUCCAGCAUCAAUCGAUCCGGUCGACAGAUCCAAACUCGAUCGACUCCACAAUCCACAACUACUCUAGGCUGGAGUCUGAGCUGGUUGCAUUCCUCAAGGAGCAACGUGCCAUUGGCAGAGAGCCCACAGACGAAGAGCUGCAGCGAAAGGCUCGUAUCACCAUUUACGAGUUCGACGACGGCUGGAACCAAACCGUGGCAGACAACCAUGAAUGGCUCGCGGCUUUCCGGCAACGCAAUGCUCCUGAUCAAUCGACUCUUUCAGGCUCCUCCAAGGGUGCCUCACCGAUUACCAGCAAACUAGCUGAUAAAAUGUCCAUUUCUCUCUCCACUGCUGCGCCAAACCCCUUUUCUGAGUUCCAGGCUAGGCUCGAUGAGAACGGUAAUCAUUUGAGGUCGUUUCAGUACUUCCUCAACGACGCCAACUGCUACCGAAGGCUGGAGAAGGAGCUCAAGCGAUGGGUUACCUCUACCAUGUCAAAGAAUAAUCCAAACCGCCAUGUUCCAACAGAUGAAGAGCUGCAGUACCAAGCUCGAUGGAUCUUGUAUGAUGAUGACGACCCCUGGAACUAUACCGCCGCCGAUAAUGCAGAAUGGCUUCACAGGUUCAAAAGAGACAUUGGAAUAAUCAAUGACUCUGGCCCAGGUCUCCCACCAGGCUAUGCUUGGGCGUUGGAGCAAGGCGGCACGGGCUUUGCACCCCCAUAUGCCAUUCGCAAGGACCACGAAAUGGUCAAUAACGAUGUCGAAGUAGCGAUGCGAACCGGCGCAAAGCCGUUCACGGCAGGACACUCGGCAGUCAACAGUUACUUGGAGGAGUUGACAUCAUCUCCCAACCAGAAACCGGCCGUCAUUUUCUGCUCUCGUGAGCUGGAAUGGGGCCUGCAGCAAUAUGCAAAGGCAUACUUCAUGGACAAGGGAGUGUUGCCUUCAGACACAGGACUAAAAGCCAAGGGACGAGAGAUCCUUAAGGCUACCCACACCGCUGCUGAUGAUCCCAUCCUUUUGGAAAAGUUCAAGGCGUGGUUGCACACGAAGCUGCCCGUAUUGGCCUCUGGAGAGCCCAUCCAGCAGGAGCCCGAGGGUGUGAACAACUUUCCAUCCGCUGUGCCGACCAACAUGGACAUUAAUCUCUCGGAUGCAGAGCUUGGCGAUAUGCUCAAAGAUAUGGAUUUCGACUUUGGACUAGGGUCCAUGGAAGGGAUCGAGCACGACGGGGGAGUGAGUUUGUAG